UCUAGCGUGUCAACAAAUUAUAAAACGGAAAAUCAUUAAAACAACACAUCGAUCGGUCGUGUCCUGCGAAAUGGCUUGUGUAAAAGGUGAACAAAGUAGGUUUAAUUUCAUGGGUGAGGAUGAGUUUAAAGAUUUCAUUGACACUUUGGAUGACCAGAAAACAAUAGAGACAGACAGAUUUGGUGUUGGAGUUUUUGAAACAUAUUUAGAGUCUGAAGAAAUUGGGCCCAGCCUUGAAACAGCUUUGGCAGACGACACGACUGUAGGCCUAGGCCUCCUAGAUGAGAUAAUUGCGAGAUUUUUCCCUGCUGCACGGACUAGAAGAGGCGAAUAUUAUUCGAAAAACUCUUUGACAAUUAUCAGGUUUUCUUUAGCUAGAUAUUUUAUGAAGCUGAAAAACGUUGAUAUUACCGACUCUUUACAGUUUCCGUUAUCAUGCAAAUCUUUCAAGGCCUCUGUAAAUCAACUUAAACAAGAAGGCAAAGGUGAAACGAAACAUCAUAUUCCAAUUUCCGAUGAAGACAUGACAAAAAUUCAAGCUUCUUUGGACGUGAACACUAGCGUUGGCCUUCAAAGAAAAGUGUUUAUUGAUGUAAUGAUGUACUUUGGUAACCGAGGUCGGGAAGAUUUAAGAUUAAUGAAACCAUCAAAUUUUAUAUUUCAUGAAAGUGAUGAUGGACGUCAAUAUGUUGAACUUUGCGAUACAAAAACUAAAAACAAUAAGGGUAAUAAUUCACGCAGCCAAGUAAGUCAGAUGUUUGAAAAGCCAGGCCAUGCCAGAUGCCCAGUGAAAACUUUGAAGAAAUACCUGUCUAAGUUAAACCCUGAGAGAGGAGAUGUGUUGUUUCAAAGACCCAAAACAAAGUAUCUUCAACAGUCUCCGACAUGGUACGAUGGUGUUUUGGGAAAAUCUACUCUAGGCACACUAAUGAAGGUCAUCAGUGAAGAAGUAGGUUGCGAGACAAUUUACACCAAUCAUUGUCUGCGUGUGACACCAAUCGCUAAGCUUGGAUAUUCCAAUAUAAUGACUAUCAGUAAUUCAGAUGAAAACGCUAUCAAGCAGUGUGCAAGAUCAUCAAAUGAAAGACGGAGCAUGUUAGACGUACCUAGUGAUGUGAUGAGACAUACGCACACAAGUAGUAAUAGCUGCACAGAAAAAAGAAAUAUUGCAGAAGAGGAUGAACAUAGAGUGACAACGACCAUUAGAACGUUGGACCAGGACGAAGAAGGUUUUUUUGGGGCAACAGUGAGUGCAAAACUGAGAACAUUUCCCCCUCGAAAAAAGGCCAAGGCACAAAUGAAAAUUAUGGAGGCGUUGUUUGAAAUUGAAUUGGAAGAUUAAGACAGAGCGUGAUGGGGUAUGCUGGUCACUAGGAUCUUAGUGGAGUAACGUCCCUACCCUAAAAUGCAUAGUUUUAAGGUCUGGGGUGGCUACAGUGGGUGGGCCAGCUGUGCCCAGGCCCAGCUGCCUUGCCAGCUAUCAGGGAAUCGUGGUAAAGUAUAAUCUUGGAAAAAUGAAUUAAAAACAUCUUUUCAAAUAGAGACAGAUACUUUGCUGAUGUGGGCAUGGCCUAUCCGACAGGGAACAAUGGGCUACCUGUUAGAGAAAUGCUGGCCCCAUCCCUCAUUUAUUUAGUUAUUGUUAUAAUACAAGUCUGUAAUUAGUUGAUGUUGCUUUUAUAAUAUGUAUUUUCUUAAGGCUUGGAACUAUCAUAAUUAAUUGAGCAUGAGGGCCAAUUAUAAGAUUACUUUUUGAAAUAAAAGAUGAAAAAUCAGCAAAAA